AUAAACACAAGGGAAGACGGGAUGUAAACAAUCAGUGGGCAGCAGCCAGAGGCAGAGCUGGGGUGGGGGCUGGGCUAGGGGCCAGGACUGGGGGAGGGGGCCCAGGACACAGCCCCCCGUGGCCCAGUCCACCUGCACACCCUGAGCCUGGCGAGAAGGAUGGAAGAGGGCUCCAGGAUGCCCACCUAGUUCUCCCUCCCAGAGAUGCAGGCAAGCUGCAAGCUGCACCAAGUUCCACUCUUACAAGUAAACCACAGGUGUUCUUUGCCCCAGAUGGCUAUCAGUUUGCUGCCUGAGAUAUGGGGACAUCUUGCCCAGAGUGGAAGUUGUAAUAGAGAGGAGAGCCCUGUCCCCUUCCUCCUCUCCUAGCCUCCUCUCCCUCUAGAUACCUGAGACUCCCUCCUUCUUUCUGGCUCUCUCCAUGGGUCGGUCAGUUGGAUCCUUCUGCUCUUUCCCCUGCCCCCACCCCCCAGCCUGCAGUGACACAGUUACCUCAGAACUGAAAUAUUCCUGGAAACACCGGCCUCGUCUGGUUAAUUUCAUGAGCCGUUUUUCUGCCCAGAUGACUUAGCUCUUGUUUAUCCAAAGGCUUCUCCCCCUGUUGUCCCUGCAUAGGGAGCCAGUUCUCCCCAGGGAUGUCCCACAGGGCCCAGAAGGGGAGGGGAAAACAAGGCCCAGAGUUGGGGUCCUGACCACGUGCCCCUCCCUCACCCUCUUCCAUGGCAUAGGCAAAACCCAGGCUCAGAACUCUGGCCAGAAGGGCUGCCCAGAGCAGGGUGGGGGAAAGAGGUGAGCCCAGCUCCCAAUCUGGGUUUCAGCUGGGAUCCUCAGCAUUGCUGCUAACUCAAGGCUGGAAGGGCCACUGCACACCUCAGCAGGUCUCCAACCUCCAAAACUAACCCCAUAUUGUGCUCUUAGGAUCUUGGAAGAGACUCUGCCAGAGCUCCAGGCUGAGGGUAGCCCCAGGCUUCGUGCAGAGGAGAAGGGCCUGGAAUUCUCUUGGGAUGUGAGGAAGAGUGAAUAGAAAGGAAGGCAGAGUCAGCAGGAGCUAGCAUGGAAAGGCAGAAUGAGGAAAGGAGCACCAGAAGGGAAGCCACAGGCUGCAGACGGGGACAAGGACAAGGGAGUUAGUCACGGAUCUGAUCCUGCUGUCUGUCUGCGCAUGCAUGUACUCAUGCUGUCAAACCAAGAGCCCCUCAUUCCCAGGGGCAGUCUCUGAGACUGGUGCUCUCCCCCACCCUGCCCACUCUCAUGCUCCAUCAAUAAAGUUGCCAGCCAAGCAUCUGAAAGAGUCAAGACUGAAGGGCUGGGCCACUGCAGAAGUCCCCACCUGACCCUACACCCUCGGAAGAGACAUUCUCCACAUUUUGAGUCUUAAACCCUCUCUAAAACCCUGACCCAGCAUUACGACUAACUCCAAACUUCCCCUAAGUACAAAUUGUCAAAUGUAUAUCCAACUCAUUUCUAUCACAUAUGUCUAUAACAUAUGUCAUAAAACUUUGAAAGUAGAAAAAAGAAAGAAGAAACUACUCAUGAUCUCACACCUACCCAAGCUUAAAACCCAAACCAGUCCUUUCUUUGUGACUUGCCAUGUGUUACCCUAGCUAACUUCUAAAUCAACACAUUCACAAACCUUGGCCCCAGCGAACCCUGUGCCUGUCCAAACCUAACCACAUCCCCCAGCUGGACUCAAACCUCAACCACACUCACUCAGCCAAAUCCCAAUAAACUAACCUGAAACCUUAAAAGUAACCCAGUCCUUAAACCUAACCUAGCCCAAUGCCAAUUAUAGCUUUCACCCAACCUAACCCUAAUUGCCUUUACCCAGUCCCAAUGCCCACUGAAUCCUGGCCUUGUUCUCUUCACCUUGGACCUUACCUAAAAGCUGGGAAAAUCAUGUCUCCCAGCUGCCUAUGUCUGUCCUCAUAGAAUUGACCCCUGGGCUAUGGUAUCUCAAGACGUGCAAACUUUCCAGCACCGUUGGCUGACAAACCAAACCCAUCAAAUACAUCAUAUUCCCUCUCCUCCUCCCCUUCAGUUCCCCCACCCCCACCUUCUUCACUGCAGGCUGAUCAAAGGACCCCAUUCGGGGAGGCUGGGUGUCUCAGUCGGUUAAGCAUCAACUCUUGAUUUCGGCUCAGAUUAUGAUCUCGGGGUCCUGGGAUGGAGCCCCCAGUCAGGCUCUACACUCAGUGGGAGUCUGCUUCUCCUCUCUCUCUGCCCCUCCCCCACUCAUUCUCUCUCUCUCUCUCUCUCUCUCUCUCUCUCUCUGAAAUAAAUGAAUAAAUCUUAAAAAACAAACAACAAACCCAUUCAGGUCAAACUUUUCCCCAUCCAACCUCCUAGAUAAGAAUGGGACAAAACUCUACCCUGCAGCCAGUCCACACCCCGGAAUCCUAUGCUAGAAUGUACCCCCCACUGACUACAGGAGCCAGCCCUGUGUCCUUCAGCCUGACGCUGGUGAUCUAACCCUACCCCUUGCCUCCUAUGGCUGGGCUUGGACUUGUCUCGGGGCAGCCUCUCGGGCCCUUCCCAGAGCCGACUGCUCUCAGCCGGCAUCAGGGACACGUGCUGUUCCCCACGCCUUGGCUCCAGUGGGCUUGGGAGGCUGGGAGAGGAGCCUGAAUCCGGGAAUACGGAUUCACAGACCCUUGGCCUGGCCCCGUCCCUCCGUGUGUGCACACAUACAUGUCGGCCUACAGAUGGUGACUCGGCUAACACACUAAUAUGCUCUCCAAUGUGUGCUGUGAUACACACAAGCCAAGUCCUGGUCCUCAAACACAUACAUGCCUCCAUACACACACACCCUGGCCAGGAACGCUCCCCUCCUCCAUCCCCCCUGCCUCCCAUCUGGCGGCCCACCCGCCCCCAGCCCAAGGUGGGGACAGACACCUGAGGGGCUGCCAGCUGCCUCCUCCACUGGGCCUGGGCCCGCCCUCAUGCUUCUUGCCCGUCCUGUCCACAGGGGACUCGUGGGGGAUGCUAGCUUGCCUGUGUACUGUGCUCUGGCACCUCCCCGCAGUGCCGGCCCUCAAUCGCACAGGGGACCCAGGGCCUGGCCCCUCCAUCCAGAAAACUUACGACCUCACCCGCUACCUGGAGCAUCAACUCCGCAGCUUGGCUGGGACCUACCUGAACUACCUGGGCCCCCCUUUCAACGAGCCUGACUUCAACCCACCUCGGCUGGGGGCAGAGACCCUGCCCAGGGCCACCGUCAACCUGGAUGUGUGGCGAAGCCUCAACGACAAACUGCGGCUGACCCAGAACUAUGAGGCCUACAGCCACCUGCUGUGCUACCUGCGAGGCCUCGACCGCCAGGCCGCCACGGCUGAGCUGCGCCGCAGCCUGGCCCACUUCUGCACCAGCCUCCAGGGCCUGCUGGGCAGCAUCGCGGGCGUCAUGGCGGCUCUGGGCUACCCGCUGCCCCAGCCUCUGCCCGGAACUGAGCCCACCUGGGCCCCUGGCCCUGCCCACAGCGACUUCCUCCAGAAGAUGGACGACUUCUGGCUGCUGAAGGAGCUGCAGACCUGGCUGUGGCGCUCAGCCAAAGACUUCAACCGGCUCAAGAAGAAGAUGCAGCCUCCCGCGGCUGCGGUCACCCUGCACCUGGAGGCCCACGGCUUCUGAUCUCUGACCUUUACCACCUCCCCUCUCCCCUCCUCCUUCAAACCCUGCUCCCACUCGGGGAGGGAGAAACCUGUAUGCCAACACUUGUUGAGCCAGGAGACAAAAGCCAUGAGCCUCUGGCCCUCUCCGGACUUGGAAGAGGGUUGAUGCGAUAAGGCCUGUCCCUUCCCUGCUUCCCAAAGUCGUGCAGGUCUGGGGAAGAGGUGCAAUAGGCCCUGUCCCAUUGCCACAGGAAGGGAUGCUCAAGGGAGCCCGCAGGGGUUCAAGUUGGUGCAAAGGCUCUCAGAGUUUCCUGCGUCCUGCCUGGCACUCGCCAGUGCCACACGACCCCUCAAGUGGCACUUCCAGGAAGCGUGCCUGUAGGGCAGGGAGGGGGGCCACCACAGCACGUGCCUUUCUGGGGAGAAGCCCUUUGGCUGCCCCACUCUUCUUCGAUGGGUGUUGCUCCCCUAUCCCCAAGUAACUCAGUACAUCCGAUUCAGGCAAUACACACGGUGGCAGGUCCAAACAGGAAGAAAUGGGAUUUAAAAGUGGAAGAAGGAGGGUCUGCAUUGGAGGUCAUACUGAAAGCAUAGGGCCAGGGACAGACCGGACCCAGGGGAUCACCAAGGCAGUCGGUGGCACAGGAUGGCAGCCUUGCAUCUUGUCGCCGGCAUCAUGGUGCCUCCCCCCCACCUCCUUUCCAGGUGGGCUGUGGGUUGCCCAGGCUGGGGAGGGCAACCAUAGCCACAGCCGCAGGGUUCCCUGAAAGUUUACAUUGCAGUAGCAUUGCGGGGUGCGGGGGCAGCCCCCCCAGGCCCUGCCCCCCAGCCUCACCCACUCAUGACUCUAAGUUUGUUGUGUUAAUAUUUAUUUAUUUGGAGAUGUUAUUUAUUAGAUGAUAUUUAUUGCAGAAUUUCUAUUCUUGUAUUAACAAAUAAAAUGCUUG